GUAUACGUCAACAUGUCAACAACCAAGCUGCACAUAGCCUACAGAAGAACCAACUAUGCCCGAACCCUUGCCGGUGCCAGUAGACCUCAUUGGUCAGUCAGGCCUCUAUAAUGUUCCCGAUCCCCUCCUCCGUCGACUCAGACUAGAAGAUGCACAAGGAUUACCGAUAAAAAACCUAGACAAAUAUUUCGCAGAGAAAGAAGUGCUGGUGCUGUAUGCAGGCUCAGAAUACGGCGAAAACAAUUUACGUGCCUUCCAUCGUGAACUGACAUCAUUCGCGCAAUGCUAUAAAUCAGCCGCCGUCAUCUACGUCUCAGUUGACACGGACGCGCAAGCACCCUUACGCGUCCUUCAAGGCAAACCAUGGUUGCGGAUGACCUUUAACGACAACUCGGAUUUUGCCACAAUCGGCAAGGAUAAAGGACAAGAGGUCGAAAUGGAGGAAGUUGCAAGAGGAGAAGACUUUGUACAAGCCGGAGAGAUGGAAAUUGGGAUGGAGAAUGUUGUAUUCGGAGUGGAAGAAUACCAGAAUGAGUACGUCCGGCCCCUUUCAAGGGCAGCAGUGACCCAUAUUAUGCGUGUUUUCUCUACCCCGAGCGUUGCCGUGUACCACCUGCCUAGCCAUACCCUUAUCGCCAGAAAUCUCAAACCGUCUGCUUUCAACCCCUCGGGUAUAGAUAAAACUUAUGACACAUGGCGGAAAGGUGGUAACCCCUCAUUGCGCUUCAUUGACGUCGUGCGUGCAUUGAAGCUACCUCUCAUUGGUCUUCUUUUCGCCCUGAUAUAUCAAAUUGCCAUUAUAUUCGGUGGAGAUCAAUACCACGUUAUACCUCGAAUAAUGGAUGGCAUCGCAUGGAAUCAGAACAUGAGGUUUCCUUCAGGGAUCCAGGGAUAGCUUCAGAUUACAGAGUCACUCUUGGGGAUUUUAACUAAGUUUGUACAUCCAUCAUGGUGUUCAUCUUGACAGAUUCUUGCUUUGGGGACUUGGAAAAGCAGAUGAAUUUCCAGUCACGAGGUGUUGUAGAUGUACAUAUAGACAAGUAGUCAUUCCUCAUUGCUACACAGGCCAUAAUAUGCAUAUGGGAAGACUUCAUACAAAGAC